AGGCCGCGGCGCGGGCACUGGUCGAGCGCGGGGGGCGCUGGUGUGCCUGCUCCUGCGUUUUCUUGCCGGCAGCUCCGCCCGCUGCGGCGAAUGAGGCUCGGACCCGGGCCGUGGCGGGAGGGAAGAUGCCACAGCCUGAGUCCCGAAAGGCCGGGGUCCUUCGCUGCCGGCGUCGGGGAAACUGAAAAUGGCCCUUCAGCUAUGCUAGGUCUAUAAUGGGAAGUGUCACAGUUCGAUAUUUCUGUUAUGGAUGCCUUUUUACGUCUGCAACCUGGACGGUUUUGCUUUUUGUUUAUUUCAACUUCAGUGAAGUGACUCAGCCACUUAAGAAUGUGCCCAUCAAGGGGUCUGGGCCCCAUGGACCAUUCCCCAAAAAAUUUUAUCCCCGUUUCACUCGAGGUCCAAGUCAAGUGUUAGAAUCGCAGUUCAAAGCAAACAAAAUUGAUGAUGUGAUAGAGAAUCAUAUUGAAGAUCCAGAAAGAGGCAACAUGAAAUUCUCUUCUGAACUGGGUAUGAUUUUUAAUGAACGUGAUCAGGAGUUGAGAGACUUGGGGUAUCAGAAACAUGCCUUCAAUAUGCUUAUUAGUAACCGCUUGGGCUACCACAGAGAUGUGCCAGAUACAAGGAAUGCGGCAUGUAAAGACAGGUCUUACCCGACGGAUCUGCCAGUCGCUAGUGUUGUUAUUUGUUUCUACAACGAAGCCUUUUCUGCCUUGCUCCGGACCGUGCACAGCGUCCUAGACCGCACGCCAGCCCGGCUUCUUCACGAAAUUAUCCUUGUGGACGAUGACAGUGACUUCGAUGAUGUGAAAGGAGAACUAGAUGAAUACAUCCAAAAAUAUCUCCCUGGAAAGAUUAAAGUAAUAAGAAAUACAAAACGUGAGGGAUUGAUUCGAGGAAGAAUGAUUGGAGCAGCCCACGCAACAGGAGAAGUCCUGGUGUUCCUGGACAGCCACUGUGAGGUGAAUGUGAUGUGGCUGCAGCCCCUGCUGGCUGCCAUCCGGGAGGACCGGCAAAUGGUGGUGUGCCCGGUGAUCGACAUCAUCAGCGCUGACACGCUAGCCUACAGCUCGUCCCCUGUGGUGCGGGGAGGAUUCAACUGGGGGCUGCACUUCAAAUGGGACCUCGUUCCCCUUUCUGAGCUCGGAGGAACAGACGGAGCUACUGCACCAAUAAAGUCACCUACAAUGGCUGGAGGAUUGUUUGCCAUGAACAGAAACUAUUUCAGUGAACUUGGACAGUAUGACAGUGGCAUGGAUAUCUGGGGAGGAGAAAAUUUAGAAAUAUCAUUUCGGAUCUGGAUGUGUGGAGGUAAGCUCUUCAUCAUCCCUUGCUCUAGAGUUGGACACAUUUUCCGGAAAAGGCGACCAUAUGGUUCUCCGGAGGGCCAGGACACCAUGACACACAACUCCUUGCGGCUGGCACAUGUUUGGUUGGAUGAAUAUAAGGAGCAGUAUUUCUCCUUAAGACCUGAUCUGAGAACCAGAAGCUAUGGAAAUAUCAGUGAGCGUGUUGAAUUGAGGAAGAAGUUGGAUUGUAAAUCAUUUAAAUGGUAUUUGGAUAAUAUUUACCCAGAGAUGCAGAUAUCUGGGCCCAAUGCCAAACCCCAGCAACCCAUUUUUAUCAAUAGAGGGCCAAAACGCCCCAGAGUCCUCCAACGUGGAAGGCUCUAUCACCUCCAGACCCACAAGUGUCUGGCAGCCCAGGGCCGCCCAAGUCAGAAGGGAGGCCUAGUAGUGCUUAAGGCAUGUGACUACAGUGACCCAAAUCAGAUUUGGAUUUAUAAUGAAGAGCACGAAUUGGUUUUAAAUAAUCUCCUCUGCCUGGAUAUGUCAGAAACUCGCUCAUCAGACCCACCACGACUCAUGAAGUGCCAUGGGUCGGGAGGAUCCCAGCAGUGGACCUUUGGGAGGAAUAAUCGGCUGUACCAGGUGUCAGUUGGACAGUGCCUGAGAGCGGUCGAUCCACUGAGUCGCAGAGGUUUUGUUGCCAUGGCCAUCUGUGAUGGCUCCUCCUCACAGCAGUGGCAUUUGGAAGGUUAAGGUGGAUGCUGUGGCUGGAAUGGUGAUGUGUCAUGCUUGUCCUCAACAUGGAGACGCCUGGGACACUAGCAGAGGUGAGACGGCAGCCACAGUAGAGGUCGCAGCCCCGAGUGACCACCGGGAGGUGGAGAAGUAUUGGUUCACCAAGGGGUUCCGGUCAUUUCCCAGCUGCUGUUAAGGGAUGUCUUACUUACGGUAGGAAACCAGAAGCAGUUUUAACUCUCUAAAGAGUCAGGUGUGUAUAGAAGGAUAAAGUCCAGGAAAUUGAUGUGUCUAUUCAAAUUUAUUUAUGCUUCUAAAUAAUGGAGUGGCGUUUAUCCGAUCAGGAACUUGUCAUGAUUUCCUUUCUUAGAAGAUUUUGUAGAUGACAGUUAAUUUUUUUUUAAUUUCUAAUACCAUGUUCUAAAUAGUUUUAAAUAAACUGAUUGAAUCCACAUUAAACUUCAGAAGGCAUCAUUUAUAAGAUUAUA